GCCGCCGCCAGCGGGGCGAUGAGGAGCAGCUGCCGGGCGGCGCCGUAGCGCGGCCGGCAAAUGGCCGAGGGGCCUGGGCCGGCCGGCGGCUGAGGCACCGCCGCAUGGGGGCCCGGCGCUGAGCUUCGCCAUGGCUGCGCACUCCAGCUUGUACAAUGAGGACAGAAACCUGCUGCGUAUUCGAGAGAGAGAGAGGCGGAAUCAGGAGGCUCUGCAGGAGAGAGACAAGUUCAGUGAGACCACCCCGCUCUUUGCCGAGCCCUACAAGACUAAUAAAGAGGAUGAGUUGUCAAGCCGUAUUCAGAACAUGCUGGGCAAUUACGAGGAGGUCAAAGAGCUUAUCAGCGCCAGGUGCCAUCAGAAUCUCAUAGGGAUACCAAAAAGCAUUGCUCCUCUGAUCCCUCAAGGAAAGCCUGAUCGCCCGUUCUUCCCUGAAAAGACCAGCCAUGCACCAUCUUCAUUCCACCAUGCAAGCCGCCAUCCACACAUGGGACCUCCGGUUGUAGCUCCUCCCCCUCCAAGCCACUCCGUUCACUACCAAAAGGCACAAUCAAGAACAGAACCAGCUUCAGGGUUGCACGCCAAGAGUCACAGCUUGCCCAGCAGCCGGAGCCAAGGCCAAGAACACAGUCGUGGUGGGCAGGAAAGUCACACAGGUUCUCGCCACAAGAGAAUCGAGAGGCGCGCUGUUGGUGAGGGUCAUGCUAAUGAACUGCAGGCCUCCCUUCUGGAGCUUUCUCCAUUGCUGUCAUCUUUGUCUACUCCAGUGGCACCCCUGUCACCUCUACAUUCCAGCCAGCAUGUUAAUUCCAGGUCACAGAACAGCAGCAAAAGUCAUGGGCCGACCUACACUCAAACGAAAUCACCUCAGGACCUAGUGGCAGGCUCACAGGAGAAUGAAAGUCGGGACAGCUCAGCCGUUAACUUGGCUGGCACCACUCAGCCUUCCUCGCAGACCUUUCCCCCACCUUUGCCAUCAAAAACCAGUGCAAUGCAGCAGAAACCAACUGCCUAUGUCAGGCCAAUGGAUGGCCAAGAUCAGGCACCAGUAGAAUCCCCGGAGCUCAAACCUCUCCCAGAGGAGUACCACACAGAAUCAUAUGAGAAAAUCUCAGAUUUGAAGGCGAACGCCAAAGCCAAGUUAUCCAAGCUGAAAAUCCCUUCUGAGCCCAUUGAGCAAACCUUCCCCAGUGAUGUCCAGUGUGUUGAAGAAAUUCUGAAGGAAAUGACCCACUCAUGGCCACCUCCUCUGACAGCUAUUCAUACACCUAGUACAGCAGAGCCCUCAAAAUUUCCCUUUCCAACAAAGGAAUCACAGCAUGUUGGAUCUGUAGCACAGAAUCAGAAACAGUAUGACGCACCUUCAAAAACGUUGCCUAGUUCUCAACCAAGAACAUCAAUGCUCCAGGACGACCUGCAGCUCAGUGAUAGUGAAGACAGUGGUGACGACCAAGUUGUUGAAAAGCCACCUUCUUCACUUGCUCCUCCAAGUGCCCUGCAGUCCCAGCCCGAGAGCGUGGCAUCAGCACAUUCCAGCAGCCCAGAGUCAGGGAGCACCAGUGACUCAGACAGCUCUUCAGACUCGGAGACGGAGAGCAGCUCGAGUGACAGUGAAGCCAACGACCCAGACCCUCCGAGAGUGUCAGCUCCUGAGCCUGACCCACCAACUUCAAACAAGUGGCAGCUCGACAACUGGCUCAGCAAGGUGAACCCACCAGUAGUGCCAGCAGAGAGCCCCAGAGAAACUGCCCACACAGAUGGACGUGAGGAGGACAAGGAGCCAGGACAGCAUAUUGACAGCGAUUCCUCCCACGAGCAUACUGAGCCGAGGGAGCCUCAUCACAAGAGCUCUGUCCGAGCAGCCAGGGCUUCUCAGGAUGCUCACCUUCCGACCAAACGCAACUACCCGAAGUCUCCCGCGUGCUCUGAGGAGCCCUCACAGAGGCAAACUGUUGGUAUCAAAAGGCCCAGCAAGCCUCCAGUGCACGAGGGGCCCAAGGGAGGCCUGAAGGUGGAGAGCGAACCUGGUCCUUACGAGGUUAGAGACCAGUCUUCCAGAGACAAGCCAAAAGUAAAAACGAAAGGGAGGCCGAAAUCCAGCGACCGAAAAGAACUGAAACCCAGGCUGCAAGAGCCCCCCGAGAGCAGAAAGCACAAGAACUCCCAUCAGGCCAGUGCCAAAGCCCUGCCGGACCCCAAGCCCCCGAGGGACGUUGUGCUGGGCGGUACCCAGGAGCACCUCACUCUCAGCCCCCUCCCUCAGGGCCAGGGCACGACCCCCACCAGGACUAGCGGCCACAGGCCUGCUGCUGUGCUCAGAGAGGACUUCCACAAGGAGAAGCUUCCCUUGUCUGUCGGGGAGAAGAAGUUGCUGUCGCCAGUGAGGGACGUGCACGUCCCUCGCAGCCUCAUGGUUAAAAUUGAUCUCCCGCUGCUGUCAAGAGUUCCCCAGCUCCCCGGGAAAGGCGGUCACCAGAAGAGAGCGGAGGCAAAGGAGUUCCCUGGUGCAAGGGGGCAGGAUGUGGAGAGGAAAAACACAGACACUCCUGACAAGUCCUUCAAAAAGAGGAAGAGGGAAAUGGAGAAGGAUAUUGAUAGGAAGAAAAUGAAAUCAGACAAAGAAACAAAAUCAUUGCAGUCUUCAACUAACAAAGACUCCACUAAACAGAAAGCACCAAAAGCAUCAUUUGAGGCCCAGAAGAAAGAUCUCCUGCUACCCCCACCACUGCCACCCAUGUCUCCCGCACAUUCUGCACCAAAGUUAACCAAGAUGGCCCAAAAGAGACCCAGGAGUGAGAACGGCCAGCUGCCUGCCACAGAAAACAACACUGCCAGGGACUCAGGCAGCCACAAGGAUCCUUUGUCUGCCAAGCACAAGAAGGUGGAGAGAAAGCACUCUGAACAGGUGAAGGGCAACAAAGGGUCUGCAGCGGAUGUCACGAAUCCUUUCCCAGUGCCUUCUUUGCCAAAUGGUACCUCCAAGCCAAGGAGACCUCAAGUCAAGUUUGAAAAACAGCAUUCGAUGGAAUAUCACAUAGAAGAGGCCAAGAGGCUGAAGCACAAAGCUGAUGCAAUGACCGACAAGACUGGAAAGGCCUUUCAGUACCUUGAUGCUGCCCUUUCCUUCAUUGAAUAUGGGAUUGCCAUGGAAUCAGAUGCAUCAGCACCAAAAUCUGCUUACAGCAUAUUCGCCGACACGAUAGAUCUCAUCAAAUUCAUAAUGACAUUAAAACCCUUUACGGACACCUCAGCGUCUUCACAUGAAAAAAUCUUUGCCGUGUUAUGCAUGCGCUGCCAGUCCCUCCUGCACAUGGCAAUGUUUCGUUACAAAAAGGACACUGCAAUAAAGUAUUCCAGGAUCCUGAAUGACCACUUUAAGAGUUCUUCCAGAGUAACACAAGCACCUUCUCCAUGUGUUGCAAGAAGCACAGGCAUGCCUUCUCCUCUUUCUCCAAUGCCCUCUCCUGCUGGAUCCAUGAGUUCUCAGCCAGGAUCAAAUGCUAGCAAUUGUGGUGGCAACAGCAUUAGCUCUUCAGUCACCAUCCCUUAUAAUAUCCCAAGCAUCACCUCUUCAUAUGUCAACAUCACUUCCUAUAUCCUCUAUGCGUAUGACAUUUGGGAACAGGCUGAUGCACUGGCCAAGAAGAAUAAGGAGUUUUUUGCUGAACUAAGCGCAGCGGUGUGCCCUCUGGCACUGAACAGUAGCAUGACCGAACUGGUACACUACAGUAGACAGGGUUUACAGUGGCUGAGACUGGAGACAAAUACGCCUUAACUGGUGCUCAAGGUGGUUAAGUACCUUGAACUCUUUUGCACUUUGGAAGCCUCAGAAACAGUCUGGCUUGCUGAAUCGUGGGAUACAAAGCACCUGCAAGGGAAAAUAAAUCAGAGUUGAAGGGAUCUGGUUACACUGGAAAAAA